UUUCAGGAACAUCAAACAACUUCUCAUUUUCAUAUAAAUUAUACCCUAUUGAUACGUACUCACUUGGGACAGCAAAAACCCACUUGAGCUUUUCCUGUAUGUAACAUGUAAUAAAGUGGUUGGGCCUAUAGUUAGUGUGAUUGGGAUUUUUUCCCUUCAUAGCUAACGGCGCGUGAUUGGAAUCUCACACGAUUCUGAGGGUCCUGAAUAUUACCCUCCAUAUAUUCAUAAUAAAAUUUGACCUAUAAAUAAAAUGAGACGAAACUAUACCAUGGAGGAUAAGAGUUAUUUACUCCUCUACCCUCCACUACAAACAAACUCAAAAUUUUUCUGAUAAGUUACAAUCAGAUUGUUCUUUAAUACAAGUGGCGGCAUCUAUUUGUUCUAAACGUCAACUACCUGUAAUGACACAACAAUUUACUUUUUUUGUCUGAAAUCUCUGAAAUAAAUAUUUUCGUGUAAUAAUAUAAAGUGUUGGUUUUUUUACUUAACCUUAAAACGAACGUUUUAAUAAUUCAAUUUUUUUUUGACAGUGAAGAAAAAAAUAAAUAAAUAAUAAAUAUUAAUUCUAAUAUAAUAAAUAAAUAUUAAUAAACAAUGGCAAGAUAUUCAAGUGAUUCAGAUUCUGAUCGAAGUAAUAAAUACCGAAAAAAACAUUAUCGAAGAUCCAGAUCAACCAGCUCAGAAUCAUCUGACAGUUCCUCUCAUCAUAAGAGAUCUUCAAAAUAUUCUAAAUCGAGACGUCGUUAUAGAUCUCGUUCAAGAAGCCGUGAUAAUCAAAGAUCUAAAAGCAAUUAUAAGUCAUCACCAGGAAGUUCUAAAAAUAAAGACAAGCGUAGGUAUAAAGAUAGAAGAAGAUCAAAGUCAACAUCACUUGAUCGAUUAAAUAAUAAAAAGAUACGAUCAGAAUCUCGAGAAAAAUCAACAAGUCGUUCAAGUAGCUCUCAGUCAAAUAUCAAGAUUCCUUUAGAAAAAACUGUCAGUAUUUCUGUCAAAGAUGAAUUCUCCAUAGAACCAAGAAUUAAAGAAAGCGUAUUAGAAGAAAUAAACGCUGAUAGUUUUGUACAAAAAAAAUUCACAUCAAAUGCUGCGCAAUCGAAAGAAAAAAAAAUAAAUAAAAAUAUCAUAAUUGAUAUUUCAUCGGAUAAUAUUAAAGUACCAGUAAUGUCAAGUCCUUCAACUAUUUCCGAAAGUAUAUUUCACAGUUCUAUUUUUAUGGAUCAAACAAUACGUUUUGAUAAAUGGAUAAAAAAAUUGUAUAAUUUAAGACAAAAAGCUAUGUCUGAUUUAAUGUCUAUAACUUGACAAUUAGAA